AUGCCCCUUCCUACAUCACCCCAUGCACGAGCCAACUGUCUCUCCCUCUCCCGCAUCCUCCACCUCUGCCCUCCUUCACCUCCCCAUUUGCUCCCCCACCAUCUCACCAUAGCCAUCGCACCAUCCGGCACCACGUCUCCCUCCCUCCCACAUCACCCAGUCUUCCCCUCCAUGCUCCUAUCGCCCUCCUCUCCUGCUCAUAUUUUUGCCCCCCUGUACUCUCUGCACCUCCCCCCUACCUCCGCGCGCGCUGCUUGCAGCAGCCGCUUCGCCCUGGAGGCAUGGCGACUGGGGUGGGCUGAGAUCAUAGCGGGUGCGUGGGGUGUGCUUUUGAGUCGACCGAAAAGCGGAGGUCAAAGUGGAUGCGUCGGGUGGGCAGAGAUUAUAGACGAUGCGUGGGGCGGGGAUUAUGGAGGAUGUGUGGGGUGUUGUCCAUGGGUGGAAAGGGUUGAGUGGCCAGGGGCGGUUGGCAAGCUGGAUAUUGGCAAGGUGAGAGUCACUCUCGACCCACUCUCGACACUGAAUCCGCACCUGCUUAUCCCACACCUACUUUUGCGCCAUGGACUCCCGUCCCUAUGCCGUGGCCGCACUGUUCGCCCCCACAGCAGCACGGUGGAGGCUGCUGACGUGGCGGAGGUGCAUGAGAGGCUGCAGGCGAAGCUGGGCGAGGCCGGGCUGCUGGGUGCCUCGUGGUGGUGUUUGAGGAGUGACGAGCAGAGGAAGGAGGAGGUACAUUCGGAGUGA